AUGGAUACAAUAAUACCAAAACCUCCAUUUAUUGAGUUUCUUGCAACUAUUUCUCUAACAAUAUUUUUAGGAUUUAUAACAUACACAACAAAUGUUUUUUUAACUCUAAUAAAUAAAAACGAUGCACCUUUUCUACAAAGGGUUGCAAACUUUAAUACAAUUGGUUUAUUAAUUUUGUAUUUUAUAAAUAUGAUAGCUUUUUUAUUUUUACCAUUUUUUUCUAAAAUCAAACCUUUAUCACUUAUUAUCGUUAUUAUAUCUUUUACCUCACUUUGUUUAUCGAUCGAAUCUUUUAAAGUAGAAUUCUUAAGUUCUAAAUUCAUUAUUACUUUUAUAAAAAUUUUCUUUGUACCGGUUUUAUCAAUGAUUAUUCAUUCAUCUUUUACCAUCUCACUGUUUAAAUCCAAAUAUUCCUAUUUAUUGUUAGUUGUGUGUAUAUUAUCUCAAAUAGUUACUAAAUUAUUCCCAAAUUUCUUUAGAAAACUCCCAUUCCUUUAUGCAGAACCAUUAGUUUAUAUUACAUUAUAUAUUAUAUCAUUAUAUAUAGAUAACUAUUUUUCAAAAGUAUCAACAAAUGCAGCUGCCUCAUAUAAGAUUGUAUUUAUUGAAAAAUAUAAUUUGUAUUGUUUAAUUUCUUUAUUCAUAUCAAUUGGAUUCAAUAAUAUACUAAAAUUGAGUCUCUCUCCAUCAAUAGCUUUAAUUGCCUCCAUUACAGUUUCAAUUUUUGCAUCCUUUAGAUACGGCCUUAAUAAUUCAAUGUUGUUUAUAAUAAACCCUGCUGGAGCCGCUUUAGUCCUUCUUCUUUUAAUGGGCCUAACAUCUCAUUUCAACUCUAUGUUGUAUUUGGGACUUAGAACCUGUAAUUCAAUUUUCAUUGCAGGUUAUACUAUAUUCUUAAUGUUAAAAUAA